CAGCUGGCCAGAAUAUGGGAAUCUACAAAGGACAUUGCUUCCGAAUCAACCAUUUCCCUGAAGAUAAUGACUAUGACCAUGACAGCUCAGAAUACCUUCUCCGCAUUGUCCGUGCCUCCAGCGUGUUCCCCAUCCUAAGCACAAUAUUACUGUUGCUGGGAGGACUUUGUGUCGGAGCGGGGAGGAUUUACAAUAGCAAAAACAACAUUAUUCUCAGCGCUGGGAUUCUUUUUGUUGCAGCAGGACUAAGUAAUAUCAUAGGGAUCAUUGUCUACAUAUCAAGCAAUGCAGGUGACCCAAGCGACAAGCGAGAUGAGGACAAAAAGAACCAUUACAACUAUGGUUGGUCUUUUUAUUUUGGAGCCUUGUCUUUUAUUGUGGCUGAGACCAUAGGCGUUCUGGCUGUGAACAUUUAUAUUGAGAAGAACAAAGAGCUGCGCUUUAAGACCAAGAGGGAAUUCCUUAAGACUUCCUCCAGUUCUCCUUAUGCCAGGAUGCCAAGUUAUAGAUACCGGAGGCGGAGGUCCAGAUCCAGUUCUCGAUCUACAGAACCUUCCCCAUCUAGAGACAUUUCUCCAGUUGGCAUGAAGAUAGCAAGUACCAUUCCCAUGAAUGAAAUUUCCAUGUACACCCUUUCCAGAGAGCCUCUGAAGGUUACAACUGCUGCCAGCUACAACGCAGACCAAGAGGCCAACUUUCUGCAGGUUCAUAACUUCCUUCAGAAGGAAUUUAAGGAAGGACUCCAUGUCAACAUGGUCAACAGGAGAACGACGCCUGUUUGAAAUACCUUGCUUCCUUGUGCUUUUUGAAGAAAUACCUAAAUGUAAUGGAUCUUUCAUGAAAGAAAAGGAGCGAUGUUAAAUUACCCUCUCACCUCUUUAAUUGUGGCAUGUGUUGAAGUAGCAAGUGGAGAUCCUCUGGACCUACAAAUGAUAUUACAUGCUCAUAGCUUUUUUGAAGCUAUUUGGAGUUUGUUUCUUUCAGUUCUUGGUGUCACGAGAUGAAGGCAGUUCAUGUUCCUGCACUUUUGUAGUGUGUACAAUGUCUCAGUGAAACUGCGGAAGACUUGCCACCAGUGUGUUUUAAAGGAUUACAGAAGAAGUGCUGUAUGCCUUUUUUUUCUAAAAUCGAGACCCCAUACGAUAAACUUGCGAAUCUAAUUUAUAACGAAGCCCAAGGAUGAAUAUGAACUACUCCUCAAGCGAUCGAUUUUCCUUUGACACAGGAGAAGCUUUGCCUCUU